GGCGGACGGCGCGGCUCUCCCAGUCCGCAUUUGCCGCCUGCGCGCCCGGCUGCCCGCUGCGCUGUGUGUCGGAGCGGAGCCUCGGACGCGGCCGGGCGGCCGGUGCUCGCGCUCGCUUGCCCCAGGAUGUCGGGCUUCCUGGUGGAGCUGCUCGGCGAGAAGCUGGUGGCCGGCGGCGGCGAGGAGGUGGACGUGCACUCACUGGGCGCCCGCGGGAUCUCCCUGCUCGGGCUCUACUUCGGUUGCAGCCUGAGCGCCCCCUGCGCGCAGCUCAGCGCCAGCCUGGCCGCCUUCUACGGCCGCCUGCGGGGGGACGCGCCGGGCACAGGGCCGGAGAGCAGGGGCGCGGGUGCUGCAGCGGCGGUAGCGGCGGCGGCGGCAGCAGCAGCAGCGGCAGCCCCCGCCGGGGCCGCCGCCGAGCCGGAGUCCGAACCGGAGCCGCGCCGCCGCCUCGAGAUCGUGUUCGUGUCCUCGGACCAGGAUCAGCAGCAGUGGCAGGAGUUCGUGCGGGACAUGCCGUGGCUGGCGCUGCCCUACAAGGAGAAGCACCGGAAGCUUAAACUAUGGAACAAAUAUCGCAUUUCCAACAUUCCGUCGCUGAUCUUCAUUGAUGCCACCACAGGGAAGGUUGUGUGCAGAAAUGGCCUGCUGGUGAUCCGAGAUGACCCGGAAGGUUUGGAAUUCCCUUGGGGGCCCAAGCCCUUCAGUGAAGUCAUUGCCGGACCUUUGCUUAGAAAUAAUGGUCAGUCACUGGACAGCAGCUGCCUGGAAGGGUCUCACGUGGGAGUUUACUUCUCUGCCCAUUGGUGUCCGCCUUGCCGAAGUCUCACCCGAGUCCUGGUGGAGUCUUACCGGAAGAUCAAGGAGUCGGGACAGAAAUUUGAGAUUAUUUUUGUUAGCGCUGACAGGUCAGAGGACUCCUUCAAACAGUAUUUCAGCGAAAUGCCCUGGCUGGCUGUCCCCUACACUGAUGAAGCCCGGAGGUCACGCCUCAACCGGCUGUAUGGAAUCCAAGGCAUCCCCACCCUCAUCGUGCUGGACCCAAAGGGGGAGCUGAUCACCCGGCAGGGGCGGGUGGAGGUGCUCAAUGACGAGGACUGCCGGGAGUUCCCGUGGCACCCCAAGCCGGUGCUGGAGCUGUCCGACUCGAACGCCGUGCAGCUCAACGAGGGCCCGUGCCUCGUCCUCUUCGUAGACUCUGAGGAUGAUGGUGAAUCCGAUGCUGCCAAACAGCUCAUCCAGCCGAUCGCAGAGAAAAUCAUUGCCAAGUACAAAGCCAAAGAGGAGGAGGCCCCACUUCUGUUCUUUGUGGCAGGAGAGGAUGACAUGACAGACUCGCUGAGAGAUUACACCAACCUGCCCGAGGCUGCCCCCCUGCUCACCAUCCUGGACAUGUCCGCUCGCGCCAAGUACGUGAUGGAUGUGGAGGAGAUCACCCCCGUCAUUGUGGAGGCCUUUGUGAACGACUUCCUAGCAGAAAAGCUUAAACCGGAGCCCAUCUAAUGGGCCCUUGGCCUCCUCGGACGUUCUCAAAGACGCCGCUGCCGUCGCCUCCCCCUCUUCCUCUCUGUCCUGGGAUUUUCCAGCUGCGUUUCUGAUGCACUCACUCGACCCUGUUGGCUGACCUCUUGGUGGUGCCUUUUCUUUCUGAGUUCACUCCUUCUCGCCAGCUCCCUGAGGGCUGCCUUGUCCCGGAGAUGGCCUAAGGUUCAUGGGGACGAUUUAGCCAGGCCAGAACUGGGAUUGUGUCACUAGGACGUGCGCGUUGCUGGCUCACGAUGAAAUCCUGGCAAGGAGAUUCUUCCCCCACGUUAGGCAGCAAGCAGGCAUUUAACUUGGUUCCCGGUGUCUCCCCAGGCGUCUUUUCUUGAUCCUUUGGGCCUUUAGAAAUCUUCAGGGUUACUCCCCUCUCUGUACUCACACUCAUGAAUUCUCGCACACAGGACACUUCAGGAAACAGAAGAUUAGUUGUUGGUGCCCAUCAGAAGGCGUCCUUGGCUCUUGGCUAAAGAAAAAGAAAGUAGGGGCAGCUAGCUAGGUAGCUUGGUGGAUAAAAUGUCAGGCCUGCAGUCUGGAGGAUCUGGGUUCAAAUGUGGCCUCAGCCACUUCCUAGCUGUGUGACCCUGGGCAAGUCACUUAACCUUGAUUGCCUAGCACUUGCUGCUUUUCUAUCUUAGAGUUGAUAUUAAGACAAAAAGUAGGGGGCAGCUAGGUGGCUCGAUGGGUAGACUCCCAGGUCUGGAGUUAGGAGGUCCUGGGUUCUAAUCUGGACUCAGAUACUUCCUAGCUGUGUGACCCUGGGUGAGUCACUUAUCCCCCAUUGCCUAACUUUUACCACUCUUCUGCCUCAGAACCAGUACACAGUACUGAUUCUAAGAUGGAAGGGAAGGGUUUAAACAAAAAAAAGUCAUUACUUACCAAUUCUUGGGUUCUUCAGAGAAUUCUCCUAAGCCAAAAAAGAGGCCUUUGUCAUGGCUGGGGGUGAAAGUCGUGGCAAGGAAACCAAGAGGAGAGCUUCUCUCUUCUGUGCUUCCCCAGGCUGCCCACACAGGGCCCACCUCCUAGGAUCUGCCUCUGCUGCCUUUACUUAUGUGUGCUGUCCUUGGGCCCGUGAAUUCUGCCACCUUUUCUCAGAGGGAGCCAUGCCAGUGAUGAACCCCUGCAGACACCAUCCCCUGGCUCAGAUGCCAUGGGAGACCCCCAUCGGGGUGCCUGUGUGAGCCUGGAUCUGGGCACUGCCACCCACCGGGCCCCUUGGCUCCCAAGAUCAAAAGCACAAGACAGAAUAAUUACCCUUUCCUGAGCUGAUCUAGCAGGGCCCCCAUCCUCACAGAGGAGGAGUGACUUACCCAAGGACACACAGGGAGCAAGUGGCAGAGGCCCGGGGAGGAACCCAGGUCCCCCGCCUCUAGAUCCAGUGUUCUUUCCACCACCUCUCCCACCUGAACAUCUGCGUCCAAAGGAACAGCGUUUUCUGGAGCCAGGCGUCUGAGGCCUCUGGAUGGAGCUCCGCCAGGCCUUCACCUGCCUCGGGCACACACCGGUGUCUGGGAAAGGGCCCCCAGCCCCCUGGGGUGGGGAGUCUCCCUGAGACUGCUUAGGGGAAGACCCUGCUCCUGGAGAGGAGAGGAGGCGAUUGACUUUGCUCCCCUUGCUGUUGUUUUGUUUAUUGUAGUUCAAAGGGUAGGAAGUUAGUCAUUAGUGAUGGCCCAGGUCUGAAAUGCGGUCACUUCAAAAUAAAGCAGGCACCUUUGGGUUUUUCA